AUGAGACUUCCUCAGUCGCUUAUUCUGUUGGCGGUGGCUGGCACCUCCGCGCGAGCGAGCAUUGACAAGGUUGCUCGUCCUCGAGGUGUCGCCCCAGAAUUUGCCAAAUUCUACCAAGACACCGAAUCCUUCACCUGUAUCUCCAAUCCCGCUGUAAAGAUCCCAGUCUCGGCGGUUAACGAUGACUUCUGCGAUUGCCCCGAUGGCAGUGACGAGCCCGGAACGGCUGCCUGCUCGCAUCUCUCACAGAAUUCCCCGCUCACAGUAGCUGAUCGGCCCGGACACAGCGAUAUAGACUUGACGCUCUCGCUACCGGGGUUCUACUGUAAGAACAAGGGUCACAGGCCAUCUUUCGUACCCUUUCAACGUGUCAAUGAUGGUAUCUGUGAUUACGAGCUAUGCUGUGAUGGUAGUGACGAGUGGGCCCAUGCCGGCGGUACUAAGUGUGAGGACCGAUGCAAGGAGAUUGGAAAGAAGUGGCGCAAAGAGGAGGAGCAGCGCCAAAAGGCUAUGACUGCGGCUUUGAAGAAGAAGAAGGAGCUUGUUGCUGAAGCCGGCAAGCAGCAGAAAGACAUUGAGAAUAACAUUGCUCGAUUUUCAGUUGAAGUCAAGGAUGCAGAGGCCAAGGUAGCGGGUCUCGAGACUGCUUUGAAGAUUGUUGAAGAGCAGGAGCGUAAGGUUGUUCGUACCAAGGGCAAGGGUAAGGUGAAUGCUCUUGCUGGAGUUGCGAAGGGUCGUGUGCAAGAAUUGCGUGAGAGCAUCGUAGAGCUUCGUCAACAGCGAGACGAGACUCGUCAGCGCAUGAAGGAGCUCGAGGAGAUCUUGUCUACUUUCAAGGUCGAAUACAACCCUAACUUCAACGACGAGGGUGUCAAGCGUGCCGUGCGCAGCUGGGAAGACUAUGCUGCUCGUGAACUCGGUGAUGUUAUCAAUGAUGCCAAGGAGCGUGACUUGGAUGAGAUUGUCAAGGUUGAUGGUAAAGACUCUGGUGUUGACUGGGAGCACUGGGAGAAUGAAGAGGACGGCUUCUACAAAAUAGCGGCUUAUCUCCCACCAUCCCUUGUCGCGUUUCUUGAGGAACAGGUUCUUUCUGUUCGCUCCUACUUGGAAGAUAACGGAUUCUUGGCCAAGUCUAGCGGUGAUUCGGUCUCAGAAUCUAGGGCUGUGACUGAUGCACGAGACGCGCUCAAGUCCGCUCAGGAUUCCCUCAAAAACUUGAACAACAAGCUCAAUGACCAGCAGUCCGAUCUUGAGAAGGAUUAUGGCACUGCUGGAAUCUUCCGUGCACUAAGAGGUCAAUGCAUUGAUAAAGACGCUGGAGAGUACAAGUAUGAGCACUGCUUCUUGGACUCUACCAAGCAGAUCCAAAAGAAGGGUGGAUCAGUUACGUCUAUGGGCAAGUUCACGCAGAUUACGACUACCAGGGUCGAAGAGCUCAGUGAGACUGGAGAGAUCAUCACUAUCGAAAAGGUUGCUCUCGAGUAUGAGCGUGGCCAGUCCUGCUGGAAUGGACCCAGCCGGUCCACUAAGGUUAUCCUACAAUGUGGUGAGCAAAAUGAAAUUCUGAAGGUCGCCGAGGACGAAAAAUGCGUAUACUCGAUGCAUGUCACCACCCCAGCUGUCUGUUCUGGAGGACAACAGGGCGCAUCUAGCUCCAAGGAUGAGCUAUAA